AUGGUAUUUAAACGUAAAAAACGUCCAGAAAUUUCCAAACCAACUAAUUUUCAACAUAUUCGUAAAACAUAUUUUGAUAUAAAUAGUCAAACAUUAAAAGAUUUACCACCACAAUGGACAAGUAUAUUAACAGAUGAAGAUAUAUCACGAACAGCUAUGGCUGCAUAUGAACGUCAAAGACAUCAACAGCAACAACAAUAUACAAAUCAACAAUCACGACCAAAACCAUUAAUUGGUGAUCCUUGUUUUUUAACACCAUCUGAUCUUGAAUAUCUCAAAUCUCAAACAAUUGUUCGUGGUUCAGGAUCAAAUCAACAAACAUUAACUAAUCAUCGACAAAUAACUCCACCUAAAAUAUCCGAUGAUUAUCCUUAUCAUUCUCAUAAUCAACUCAUACAAAUUCCACGUAAUACACAUCUUGAUCGUCUCUAUAAUGUUAAAUCACCUGAUUCAUCUAUUGAUAAUCGUAAACCAUCAGUUCCAAAUUAUCAAAAUGAUUUAAUACUUCCAUCAAAUAGUAAAAUAAAGCAAGCUACAUCACCUGCUAUUGUUACAACUCGAGAAAAAAUCGAUGGAAGUACAAAAUUAUCACUUGAAGAUUUCAUUUUUGCAUUACAAAAAGUUGUUAGUCAAUCAGAUCCUCGUACAAUGUAUGAUCAUUUUGUUAAAAUUGGUGAAGGAUCAACAGCAAAUGUUUAUAUAGCUCUUGAUAAACAUUAUGGUACACAAGUUGCUAUUAAACAAAUGAAUAUAACUAAACAACAACGAAAAGAACUUCUGUUUAAUGAAGUAAAUAUUAUUUGUUUUUUGUUUUCAAAAUUAGAAUUCUAUUUGAAAAUUGUUCAAUUAUAUAAACGUAAAUUUAUGAUAUCUGUAAGUGUGAAGGUCAGAUAA